AGCACAGGCUCUCCUGCUGGCCUUCCACACCACCAAGUUCCGUGAUGACGUGUACCACAACAUCCUGACCUCCGACCUCCCCAACCUCCUGGAGUAUGGUAACAUCACGGCGUUAACACACCUGUGGGGCUCGGGGCAGAUCAGUAACUUUGAGUACUUGACGCACCUCAACAAACACUCUGGGCGGAGCUUCAACGACCUGAUGCAGUACCCUGUCUUCCCCUUCAUACUGAAGGACUACAUCUCAGAGACACUGGACCUGGGGGACAGCUCCAUCUACAGGAACCUGAACAAGCCCAUAGCAGUCCAGUCUAAAGAGAAGGAGGAUCGCUAUGUGGACAAUUAUAAGUAUCUGGAGGAGGAGUAUCGUAAGGGAGCGCACGAUGACGACCCCAUGCCUCCUGUCCAGCCGUACCAUUACGGAUCUCACUACUCCAACUCUGGCACUGUACUACACUUCCUGGUUCGCAUGCCUCCAUUCACCAAGAUGUUCCUGGCCUACCAGGACCAGAGCUUUGAUAUCCCUGACCGGACGUUCCACUCUAUGAAUACAACAUGGCGUCUCUCCUCGUUCGAGAGCAUGACUGACGCCAAGGAGCUAAUACCAGAGUUCUUUUACCUCCCGGAGUUCCUGGUCAACAGAGAGGGUUUUGACUUUGGUGUGCGUCAAAACAGUGAGCGUGUGAACCACGUCAACCUGCCGCCCUGGGCGCGGAACGACCCUCGUCUCUUCAUCCUGAUCCACCGCCAGGCCCUGGAGUCAGACCAGGUCUCUCAGACCCUCUGUCAGUGGAUUGACCUGGUGUUUGGGUUGAAACAGAAAGGAAAGGCAGCUGUACAUGCCAUCAACGUGUUCCACCCUGCUACAUAUUUCGGUAUGGACGUUUCGUCAGUGGAGGACCCGGUGCAGCGGCGUGCUUUGGAGACCAUGAUCAAGACGUACGGACAGACACCCAGACAGCUGUUCUCUGCAUCCCACAUCAGCAGGGCUGGACCCAGACUCAUUAUGGAGGGAGAGCUUCCUGCUGCCAUGGGCCUCCUGGUGCAGCUGGCCUUCAGAGAGACCAGGGAACAGGUCAAAGAUAUAGUUUACCCGAGUCCCUUGUCCUGGAUCAAGGGCCUGAAGUGGGGUGAGUAUGUGGGCUCCCCCAGCUCUCCAGACCCUGCAGUGUGUUUCAGCCAGCCCCAUGGAGAGAGGUUUGGGUCUCUACUGGCUCUCCUACCAGAGCCAUCUGUGGACUGUGUGAGGAGCACUGACCCUCUCCUCUGUGUCUCUAGGUGUGUGAGGAGCAUGCACAGUACAGAUAUCCAGUGGUCGGCCAUCUUGAGUUGGGGCUAUGCUGACAACAUGCUGAGGCUGAAGAGCAAACAGAGUGAGCCUCCCAUCAACUUCAUGCAGUGCUCUCCACUCCACCAGGGCAAUGGGAGACUCCACAAGCUCCUUGAGGCUGUUAAUGACAGGGCAAUGGGAGACUCCACAACUCCUUGA